AUGGAAACCAGCUGGCAAGCUCAGGCUUCGGAGAGACUCUGUGCGGAUUCUGGGAAGGAAACUGAGACACUCGCUGCUGAUCAGGAGGAGCUCAAAGUAAAAAAAAAAAUCCCCGUAGUGGAAGAAACACCCUCAUGUGGAUUCAUAUUACGUUGUUCUGCAUUAUUUAUACAUACACCUGCAUGCUUCAAACAUGAUUUACAGGAAAGGUGUGUGGAGGACUGGCCUGAACACAGUCCAGAACUUUCUCCAGAAUGGAAACCAGCUGGCAAGCUCAGGCUUCGGAGAGACUCUGUGCGGAUUGCAGAGGCGUCUGAUGGAGGCGCUGAUCUGAAGAGGAACGGGAAGCAGAUUCUGGGAAGGAAACUGAGACACUCGCUGCUGAUCAGGAGGAGCUCAAAGGAUAAACCUGGAGAUGACGUGAAGAGCUCCGAGACGAAUCGAGGCUCAAAGCUCAUUAACGGCCCGGAUGAGUUUUUGGCUCCAGAUGAAGAAGAAGAAGAGCAGAAUGAAGCUGCCGAGUACAAAUCGAAGAAACCGUCAAAACCCAAGAUUAUUACACACCGCAGAGGCUCUAAGGUGAAAUCUGCUGAAGCUCCAGACUAUAAGGAUGAUUUAACGUCCUCAUGGAAACAUGCUGAUCUCGUGGCCUUGAGAGAGAAGAAAGCAGAAGAUGUGGACUGCAAACCAAAGCAGCCACAGAAAUUCAAUCCUUCUGUGCCACACCGACCAUCAAAGAUAAUAACCCUGCUUUUGGAAGUUCAGUCUCACACAGCAAGCCAAGAAGGAGAUGUUGUUGGUGUAUGA